AUGGAGGCAAUAAUGUCAGGGAAAGCUACAAAAGAAAAUAUAAUGCAGCCAACGACACUUCAAGAGGCAAUAAACAUUAUUAAAUUCCUGAACACGACACAUAAACAAGAAGUCGUGAGGCUGAAAGAAGCAUAUGCGAAACAAGCUGAUGUUAUAAAGAAAUUGGAAUCGAAUAGGAAAAAGGAAUUGGAAUUCUUAUCGGGUGAAUUGCAAAAAUACGAAGUAAAUUUAGCACUGAGAACGGAAUCCGUUACAAAACAACUAGCACAAAAGGAUCUUAUAAUACAGAAACAAGCUGAGAAAAUAGAAGAACUAACUAAACAGUUGCAAUCUAAUGAAUUUUCGAUUAGCGUACCUGAAAUUCAUAUUAUGGUUGAUUCGAAUUCCGAUUCCGGUGUUGUAUUAGACAAUGAUGACUGCAAAACUGAAGAAAUAAAACCCGAAGUUAAAACUACGAGAAAAUGUAGUAGAAAAUUUGGAGAUACGAUAAGUUUUCUAAGAAGGGUUGACUUCUCACCCAUCAAAUACAAACCAUCAAAUAGAGAAGCUUCAAAGAAAAAAGAAGAUAAAAAGAACAAACUACAAGUACCAGUUGCAGACAAAAGAUUUUUCAAACGGCAAACUAGUAAUGAUAAGUCGCCCAGUGAUGAUGAAAGGGCUAUUACUGAUGAAGCCAUAUUCUCAGAUGGAGGUAUUGAGCCAUUAGUGAUUCGAGCCAACAAAUCAAACGAUAGUAUGAAUAAUCAUUUCUCUGAUGAUGGCAGCGAAGAUACGAGUGAAGAAAUUUUCGACAGAGUUAUGACUAGAAGUAGUAUAAGGCGAUCAGUGAAAGCGAAUCCUAAGUAUAAGAAAAUAAGCAGAAGCCCGAGCGUACGGCGCGUAGCGUUCCGCGCGCGCCUCAAAGAGCCAUUCGACCACCACAGACGGGGCCCUAAAGGGCUGAUGUUCAGCCGGGGUUGCGGGGUAAGCGCAAUGAGGUACCGCGACCUCGGCACAGAGCAGGAGAAGGAACAGGGGGGCAUUUUGCCGCCAUCACGCCUGGUCGUAAGCGAUGAUGCGACCUACGAUGGAGCACACCUGCUCAUAAGCAACCUAUUCCCUCGAGCCUUGAAAACACCCAGAAACACAGACUCUGUCAAAGAAUUCCACUCCUAA